CGCCGCGACCCGACCCUCCUUUUCGUCAACUCGGGCAUGAACCAGUUCAAGCCCGUUUUCCUGGGCACGGCGCAUCCCCGCAGCGAGCUGGCGCAGCAGCGGCGGGUGGUGAACAGCCAGAAGUGUGUGCGUGCUGGGGAGCACAACGACCUGGAGGACGUGGGCCGUGACACCUACCACCACACCUUCUUCGAGAUGCUGGGGAACUGGUCCUUUGGGGAUUACUUCAAGGAGGAGGCGUGUAGCAUGGCCUGGGAGCUCCUGACAGAGGUCUAUGAGAUCCCAAAGGAUCGUCUCUACGUCACAUAUUUUGGCGGAGACUCUUCACUGGGGCUGAGCGCAGAUGAGGAGUGCAGGGAUGUAUGGCUCAGCUUGGGAGUGCCUGCCAGCCAUGUGCUGCCUUUCCCAAUGAAGGACAACUUCUGGGAGAUGGGUGACACAGGUCCCUGCGGUCCUUGCACGGAGAUCCACUAUGACCAUGUGGGUGGUGGUAGAAAUGCUUCAGCACUGGUGAACCAGGGCAGCCCUGAUGUAGUGGAGAUCUGGAACCUGGUCUUCAUGCAGUAUAGCAGAGAGGUGGAAGGGAAUUUGCUUCCCUUGCCUCAGCACCAUGUGGAUACAGGAAUGGGCUUAGAAAGGCUGGUGACAGUUCUGCAGAACAAACGAUCCAACUACGACACAGAUCUCUUCACUCCCAUCUUGGAUGCCAUUCACAAGGGCUGUGGGGGGCCCAGAUACCAAGGUCUGGUUGGGAAUGCGGAUGUUGGGCACGUGGAUAUGGCCUACCGUGUGGUGGCAGAUCAUGUGCGGACCUUGUGUGUAUGCAUCACUGAUGGCAUCUACCCAGGCUUCUCUGGAGCAGAACUGGUGCUGCGUCGGAUUCUGCGCAGGGCUGUUCGCUUUUGUUCUGAAGUCCUUCAUGCUCCACAUGGGCUUUUGGCCUCCCUUGUGCCUACUGUAGUGGAAGUGCUGGGAGAUGCCUAUCCAGAGCUGAGGAAGAACGCAGACCAGGUUAUGGAUAUCAUCAAUGAGAAUGAAGUUGCUUUUCUGUCCUCCCUUGAGCGUGGGAGGCGCAUCAUUGAGCGGACAGUGCAGCAGAUGAAGCCUUCUGCAAAUUUCCCAGCUGAAGUAGCCUGGUCUCUCUAUGGGAAUUUGGGGUUCCCCCUGGAUCUGAUUGACUUGAUGCUUGAAGAAAAGGGAAUCUGUUUGGAUUCAGCUGCUUUUAAUGAGCUUGUUCUAGAGGAUGCUAAGCGGAAGGCUCGUGGCCCACAGGAAGGGCAACAGCUGGAAGGCACUGUUGUGCACCUCGAUGUGCACUCUCUGGCUCAGCUACAGAGAGACAACAUACCUGCUACUGAUGACUCUCCAAAAUACUCCUACAAGCUUGGGCAGCACGGGCAGUAUGAGUUCAGCCCGUGCCAGGCCACCAUCCUGAUGCUGUACAGAGAUCAGUCUCUUCAGAAGGAGGUCGGGGCAGGGCAGCACUGUGGUGUCAUCUUGGACAGGACUAACUUUUAUGCAGAGCAGGGUGGGCAAGACUCUGACCAAGGUUACCUGAUACGCUUAGGACAGCAGGACGUACUCUUCCCUAUAGAGUCAGUUCGUCUCUGUGGUGGUUAUGUGAUCCAUGAAGUCACUGCUGUAGAAACCCUGCGUGCUGGAGACCAAGUGCAGCUCUUUGUGGAUGAGGUCCAGCGGCUGGCCUGCAUGACAAACCACACUGCUACCCACUUGCUAAACUUCGCUCUACGCCAUGUUCUGGGUGACAGCACAGAGCAACGAGGCUCCCAUGUGACAGCAGAACAACUGCGCUUCGACUUUAAUGUCAAGGGCCCUGUGACCGUGGAGCAGCUGCAGCAAGUGGAGCAGGUGGUCCAGAAUGUGAUCAAGCGAAAUGAGGCUGUGUAUAUGGCUGAGGUCCCACUUGCACUGGCAAGAAGAGUUCAGGGACUCCGUGCUCUAGACGAGGGGUAUCCAGAUCCAGUGAGGAUGGUGUCCUUGGGAAUUCCCGUGGAGACUGUGCUAACCAGCAACACUCAGGCUGCAAUGCAAACCUCUGUGGAGCUCUGCUGUGGGACACACCUUCUACAGACAGGAGCAAUGGAGGAUCUGGCCAUUGUCAGUGAACGUCAGCUUGUUAAAGGGAUUAGUCGUGUCAUUGCUGUGACAGGGAGACAAGCCAAACAGGCCCGAGAAGUAGGUCAGUGCUUGGCUAUGGAAGUGGACUCUGUCUCAAUACGGAUGAAGCAGAGGAGCAGCACCUCUGUUCUCGAGAUGCAGAACCUCUCCAAAGAAGUGGGACAGUUAACCAAAGUGGUGGCCAGCACUACAAUGCCCCAGUGGCAGAGAAAAGAACUGCAGAGCAUCCUCAAAUCGCUGCAGCGAACCGCCAACACAGCCAUCAAGAAACUGGAGAUGCAGCAGGCUGAAGAGAAGGCACAAAGGCUGCUAGCAAAACACUGCAACCAACCUGUCAUUAUUGAUACUGUCCCAGCUGACUCCCUGUCUAUCCUAAUGAAGGUAGUGAACCAGCUUUGUGACAAGUCACCUGGCACAUCAGUCCUGCUGCUCAGCCCUCAGGAUUCUGGGGAGGUGCUCUGUGCCUGUCAGGUGUCCAAGAAUUGCCUCCCCGUGUUCUCUGCUGCUGACUGGGCCGUGGCUGUUUGUACACAGAUGGAAGGCAAGGCAGGAGGUUCUCCUGUCGUCGCUAAGGGCAGUGGAAAUGCCAAGGGCAUGCAGGGAGCCCUGACUACUGCUCUGGAAUUCGCUCGGAGUAAACUCUGAAAUAACUGAUGCUUUGGUAGCAGGACAGCUGUAAGCUAUGUGGAUUCUUGAUGCAGAGUUGAUAUGAAAGGUGUGGCAGCUCUCACAGUGAACACUGCUGCAACCACUGCGUUGGAGCACCUGGCACCUGGCACCUGGCCAUCAGGGCUGAGCAGAGAGUCUGUUCCUGAUGCCACUAACAGAAUGAUGCUGUCUGUCCUCAGCACGGGCAUAUGGGGAUUGAGCCUCAGAAGGCACCAGCUUCUUCUUCUGGAAUAGUGCAGUUCUUGUCACGAGACCAGUACUGGGAAGUUCUGAGAGCAUGACUGUCUUAUUCCAAAGUUAUUAAAGGAUGGAGAGUGUUUGAUCUCUCUGAUGUUU